CACAGGUGCACUACCAGACCAUCUGUUAACAGGAGAACUAAGCCUCUAAACAGGCCAUUCUAAGAAUAGCCUGGCCUUAUAAAUAGAUUUCCUUGUUAAUUACAGUUCUUAGACGGAGACCGAUUUAUCUGCUAUGGCGGAAAGUCUUCUGAAUGUCCUCCUCCCUCCUUCAUAGGUCAGAGCAUAUAUCACAGUCGGCCGACGAAGCCUCCUGACUGCGGAUCGUCGUCAUGAUGUUGGAGGUAUACACUAAAUAUCCCUCAGACCAAAAUGGCCCAGCCAGACUUGCUCGCCAAUUGAGAAGUAUAUAUAACGGUCAUCAGGAUGCGAAACAAAAUGGCCCCGUUCUCUCCAGGAUUGAUCAUCUACAAAACCGGAGUUCACUCAAUUCGCUUACACUAUCUCCUCCUUUACUCAUCAAAGCCCACUCGCCAGAAUGCAUUUCACUAUCGCUGCUCUCUCCUUCCUCAUCGCCUCCGCCGCCCUGGCGACGCCCCUGGACUCCCAUACCCAUCAGGACUCAGGUGCCGAUAUCUUCCCAAACUUCAACACCUACUCCGACUGGGCAAUCUGCAAGGGGAAGAUCACUAAGGGCCGCUUCCAAACUCUACAGGCUCCUAAUGAUAACGGCGGCUGCGUCCGGUAUUAUCAGGGUAUCGAUAUGACAGGUGUCGUCACGGAGCUACACUUCUAUUUUAAGGAUGGUUUUAAGUCUGCCUGCGACUGCGCCGCGAAAUGCUUAGAAUUACCAACCCGGUGUACAAACUGGGUGUGGAAGCAUACUUUCACAAAAGGGGAUAGCGGCAAACGGUCAUGCACUUUAUACAGCAGUCCUAAUCUGCCGAAGGAUGUUACGCUUGCAUAUAAUAAGGCAAAGAGCAAGGGCUUUAAGCCAUUGCAGGCUGAUAAUAAUCCCCAGAAAGGAGCCGAUGCGCCGUUGACCUUUUUGGAUGCAGCGGGAAAAAAGCCUGAUAAAUUUGGAGUGUCUGGUUUUACGGUGCGGGAUCAGAAGGGAAGACUAUACUGUUAGGAGGUUGAUUAUUACUCGGGCUAAAUUGGCAUUUUUAUAGUAGGAGAGGCGGACCUAGUUAAUGUAUUUUAUUUCUUUUGUUUAGGGGUUAUUUAUAUAGUAAGUUAG